UAAGGUAGGCUAGAUGGGUUUCGCCCGAGAACAAAGCGUGUGAGUACGUGAGUGCUGUCCGAGGUUACGGUGGUUACUUAAUGGUUUCUAAAUUGGGAUUUUGUCGGUUGUUGGAGGGUGAAUUUAAUGCACUGGCGUAUCCCGGUGGUUGCCUAGUAACGCGCUGGCAGUGGGCGCCGUAGAGAGAUCUCUAUGGUGGGCGCUCCAUUAAAACCGUUGGCGCUCCUGACCUUGGCGUCGUAUAUGCGCAAAGCACACAGACUGUGCAAAGCAGGAGAUAAGAGUAAAGAUCCGCGUGUUUGAUACUGAAACCCGGGGAAUAUUUCACGCAGCCCCGUUGUCUUAUAAGCGAAACGGACGGGCAUGGUAUGGAGAGAUGGAGCGCGUAUCAGCUUCUGUAAAAGCAGAUUUGUGUGCACUGCAAUGAAAAGCGGAAGUGGGGGUGGUCCAUACCUGGCUGAGGGGAUUUUGGAUUUGAUAACCAUUGCAGUCAAAGGCACAGUGAGUGAUGUCUGUUUGACAGAGUCAGUGCAAAGGGACUGAGCGGACACUACAGUGUGCAUUUGUGCUAUACAAGGGCACUGUCCAGCCCAGACCAUGUGGCUGGCUACAUUUAGAGACCAUCUGUUGCCUGCACACCUGCUACAUCAUCAAGGGACUGUUACCAUCACCCACUGUGCUCUUCUUUGGUGGAUAUUAUGUUCCUGCUGGUCAUUCACCAAGGCAACAAGCCAGAAAUUCUACCCAACAGUGACCACUCAGUUUGGGAAACUGCGAGGCCUCAGGGUUCCUGUGCCCAGCGAGGUGCUCAGGCCUGUUGAUCAGUAUCUGGGGGUCCCCUAUGCUGCUCCACCCGUGGGUGAGAAGCGCUUCAUGCCCCCCGACCAGCCAGCCUCUUGGUCAGGUGUCAAGAAUGCUACCCACUUCAUGCCUGUGUGCCCUCAGAACAUCCACAACACCGUGCCAGAGAUCAUGAUGCCCAUAUGGUUCACCUAUAACCUGGACACAGUAGCCACAUACAUUCAGGAUCAGAGCGAGGACUGUUUAUAUCUAAACAUCUACACUCCGACAGAGGAGGGGAGCCAACACAAGAAAAAGGGGGCGGCUUUCUCACAUGCUGAGACUCAUAUAUCUGAAGAUAUAAGGGACUCUGAGGCUCGACCUGUGAUGGUUUACAUCCAUGGAGGCUCCUAUAUGGAGGGCACUGGGAACAUGAUGGACGGCAGCGUGCUGGCCAGUUAUGGGAAUGUUGUUGUCGUCACGCUCAACUACAGAAUUGGAAUAUUAGGCUUCCUCAGUACUGGUGACCAGGCAGCAAAAGGAAACUAUGGACUCCUGGACCAGAUUCAAGCUCUCCGUUGGAUCAGUAAGAACAUUGGUUACUUUGGAGGAGACCCAGGUCGCAUCACAGUCUUUGGAUCUGGAAUCGGUGCUUCAUGUGUCAGUCUGCUAACUCUGUCCCACCACUCAGAGGGUAAGAAUCACCAUCUCAGUCAUCAGUCAUUUAAUCAAUACAGAUUCGUUGUACAGAUAUGCAGUUAUACACUACGCAUGCUGGCCGAGAGGGUUGGCUGCAAUGUGCUGGACACUGUGGACAUGGUCUCCUGCCUGCAGAAAAAGAGUGCAAGGGAGCUGGUGGAGCAAGACAUCCAACCUGCCAGAUACCGCGUCGCUUUUGGUCCUGUCAUUGACGGAGACGUCAUCCCGGAUGACCCAGAGAUCCUGAUGGAGCAGGGCGAGUUCCUUAACUACGAUAUAAUGCUGGGUGUUAAUCAGGGAGAAGGCCUGCGCUUUGUGGAGAACGUGAUGGAUCUGGAGGACGGCGUGUCUGGCAGUGACUUUGACUUUGCAGUGUCAGACUUUGUGGACAGUUUGUAUGGCUACCCAGAAGGGAAGGACACACUGAGGGAGACAAUUAAAUUCAUGUACACAGACUGGGCUGACAAGGACAAUCCAGAGACCAGGAGGAAGACCCUUGUGGCCCUUUUCACCGACCACCAAUGGGUUGAGCCCUCAGUGGUAACUGCUGACCUACACGCCCGCUAUGGGUCGCCUACAUACUUCUACGCCUUCUACCACCACUGCCAGAGCCUCAUGAAGCCAGUGUGGUCGGAUUCAGCGCACGGAGAUGAGGUGCCUUAUGUGUUUGGCAUCCCCAUGGUGGGCCCAACUGACCUGUUCCCCUGUAACUUCUCCAGGAACGACAUCAUGCUCAGCGCUGUGGUUAUGACUUAUUGGACCAACUUCGCCAAGAGUGGGGAUCCUAACAAACCAGUGCCACAGGACACCAAAUUCAUCCACACCAAGGCCAACCGCUUCGAGGAGGUGGCUUGGUCUAAGUAUGACCCCUUCGACCAGCUGUACUUGCACAUUGGCCUAAAGCCUCGUAUCCGUGACCACUACCGCGCCACCAAGGUGGCCUUCUGGAAACACUUGGUGCCCCAUCUCUACAACCUCCACGACAUGUUCCAUUACUCCUCCACCACCACCAAGGUCACCCCACUGGAUCCCACCCAGUCCAAUGGUAAGAGGUCCGGCAGCACCGGGCGGCCUCCUGUAUCCACCGCCCACAUUGACGGGGACGGGAGGGAGAUGGGCCCGCUGAUCAUGCCAAACCCGAGAGAUUACUCCACAGAGCUCAGCGUCACCAUUGCUGUAGGAGCGUCACUGCUCUUCCUCAACGUCCUGGCCUUCGCAGCUCUGUACUACCGCAAGGACAAGCGCAGUCGGCAGGACACCUCCCAGCAGCCCAGUCCCCAGCGUGACAGCAAAGGCAACAACGUGAGCCACACCACCACUGUAGACGAGACCCUGUCCCAGCAAAGGAACCAGUGUGAAGCCCUUCACAAUCCUCUUCAUGUCUCGCCCAGCUUGGACUACUCACUGAGCCAACGGCGCUCCCCUGACGACAUCCCUCUGAUGACCCCCAACAACAUCACCAUGAUCCCCAACUCCCUGAUGGGCCUCUCCAACAUGAGUCCAUACAGCACCUUCCCUGCUGGUUACAGCUCUGCAGGCCUGCCAAGCACCCACUCUACCACUCGGGUAUAGCCUGGCUGGAGACGGGAGGAGAACCGCGACGUACAUAAAACAUGGAAAUGUAAAGCUGUAUUUAGGAUGUGUAGGUAAAAUAGGAUUGAAUAUGUUUGUUCUGUCUUUUCCAAAGGUGUACAACCGCCAACAUCCUGCCUUUGCUCUCUCAUAAUAGGAAGUCUAACUGCAGAGUCAUUUUAUAAUAAUCACUUUCAAAGGCAGACAAAAAGAAAAAGUGCAUUUCAUUUUCCACUUUGGCUUUUUUGGAACUUUACCUAGUAAGAACUUAGUAUAAUGUUUAUACAGUUGGAUUUGUAUGGGAAGCUUUUUCUUACUCUGUGAUAUCGAUUUUGAUCUCGUGGAACGAAGUGACAUUACUCGUGGUGGACAGUGAUGAGAUCUGGGAAAAGCUGAAAAGCAGUAUUAUUAUUAUUAUUAUUAUUAUUAUCAAGCUAUUUUAUACAUAUUUCUCAUCGUACAUUGCUUAUUAUGAAAAUGUAUUUUUACUGUAAUUACUUUUAAAUGCCUUGUAACUCGCUCAUAUAAAGAAUUACUGUGGAAUCAAGUUGUACUCAAAUACUGGUCACACACGUGGUAAAAAUGUCCAGUUUAUCCAAAAUAUUUCUAUCUGGUAGUGCAAAAUAUAGCACUCCUCUGUGUGUGUGUUUGUGUGUGUGUGUGUGUGUGUGUGUGUGUGUGUGUGUGUGUGUGUGUGUGUGUGUGUGUGUGUGUGUGUGUGUGUGAUGAGAAAUUCGCUACAAAAUGUAAAUUUGGCAUUGUUUGAAAUUAAUCAUUUAGUUUUGCAUUUGUAGUGUUGUGUAAUCUAUUGUAGUCUAUUUGAGUAUCCUUGCUACAUUUUUGUUUCACGUGUCUUCAAUUUUGCUUAAUACAUUGUAGGAAUAUAACUUCUGCUUUACUAUAAAAGAGAAUUGCUUAAAAUGUGUUUUCCUACUCCAACCAACUCAUGGUUCUUAUGGCUUGGCUUCUUUGUACAGAAUAAACUUAGACCAACAUUUUAUUUGUCGUUUGUUUACGAAUACUGUAAGGUCUUCGGAAAGAUAACUGUAAUUAUAUUGUAAUUGUAUGUAUACCAACUCAAUAAUUCACAUUUAAAGGGAGUUUGAUGAAACAUACAGAUUAUUGCUCCUACUCCAAGUCGUUUGGACCCCGUGCAUACCAAGAUAUAUGCAGGGGUCAAUACUCUUUACUGAAUAGAAAUGAUGGACAUCAAACUUUGAGAUUUGAUUUCUUUGAACCUAUCAUAAUGUUGUUUAAUCUAAAUGAGACAACUAUUAAAAGAUUUUUGGAACUAAA